UAGCCCCCUGGUAGUGAACUCAGACGAUUUUGUUAAAAUGAUGCAUUGUCGAUGGCGCUAUGACACAUUAUUCAUAGUAACGGUACAUUCUACGUUACAAUAUGUUCAUGACAUAACUUAUUAAAUUGCUAUGGCGGAGAAUUAAGAGUUGAGUGAUUGAAUUUAUUUACUAUUCUGCCUCGUCAUUGUGCAGGGAUAAAUUUUAGUUCGGCCUCUGAGAAAAAAUCAUGGACAGCAAUAAAGAUGAAGCCGAACGGUGCAUGGAACUCGCGGAACGAUAUCUUCGGGAAAAAAAAUAUGACGAGGCCGAAAAGUUUGUCCGUAAAGCACAGAAACUUUAUCCAACAAAAAAAGCGGAAGAUGUAUUAGCAAAAGUGACAAUGCUUUUGAAACAAAAUCAAAAGUCUGAGUCAGAACCUACUGUUAGAAAACGUCAAACAGCACCUAAAGAAGCUUCAUAUACUCAAGCUUCUACUGAUUAUACUAAGGAACAACUUGAAUAUGUUAAAAGGAUUAAAAAAUGUAAGGAUUAUUAUGAAAUUUUGGGUAUAAGCAAAGAUGCUACUGAUAGUGACAUUAAAAAAGCAUAUAAAAAGUUAGCACUUCAGUUACAUCCAGAUAAAAAUAAAGCACCAGGUGCUGCAGAAGCUUUUAAAGCUAUUGGAAAUGCUGUUGCCAUUCUUACUGAUGUGGAGAAAAGAAAACAAUAUGAUAUGUAUGGCCCAGAAGAAGAAAGAAUUCAGAAUGCCCAAGGCCGUCAAAACCAUGCGCAUUACAACUAUACAAGAGGAUUUGAAACUGACAUUACUGCAGAAGAAUUGUUCAAUAUGUUCUUUGGUGGUGGAUUUCCACAACAGGAGUUUUAUAUGAGACGUUCUGGUGGAAGAUGGAUGAGACAACAGGAUGUUCAGGCCCAACAUACUCAUUCUCAGCAAGCAAAUGGGUACACCACAUUCCUUCAGAUGUUGCCUGUACUGUUAUUAAUAUUGUUAACUAUGAUGAGCAGUUUCUUUAUAUCAGAUCCUGUAUAUAGCUUGCAUUCUAACGCAAAAUAUUCUGUACUGAGAACAACUCAAGGAUUAAGGGUGCCAUACUAUGUCAAAGAAAACUUUCACACUGAAUAUCAAGGCAGCUUACGUAGACUAGAAAUUUCUGUUGAAGAGGAAUACUUGAAUACUUUGAGACAUGCCUGUUAUAGAGAAAAAAGUUACAGAGAAACCUUAUUAUGGAAGGCAAGAAACUUUCAGGACCAAGAAUUAUUUUUGAAAGCUAGAAAUAUUGACACACCCUCCUGUAAGAAAAUACAAGAAAUGCAAGGAGCAUAGCAGCGCCACAUAUUUGAAUAGAAUUUUGUUGUAGAUAGGUGUAUAUUGUAUUUACACGUGUGUAGUUAUUAUUGGAUGAAAUGAAGAAUAUCGCGCAUAAUAGAUAAUGAUAUAUUAUGUAUCUUCGCAUCCAAAUUUGUAAAACAUCUUGGUCCACCAUAAAUUUUUACAUGGACCAUUUAAGCUGUUUAUCCCAUACUCGAAUUGUAAAUUAUUUGAUACUGGAUUGAUUGCAGUAGCGUGUAUGAUGAGUCUGAGCAAGAAUUUAAUUCUGCAUAUAGGUAUGACUUUGAAUUGAUAAAAUCGAAGGACAUAACGUUGCAAUACAAAAGCUAUACAUUUACAUAUUAUGUGUAGCGUUUACGUCUCGUCAUUGCUGGGCAAAAGAAAUAGUUGAGUGUCAUGAUCAGUGGUAAACGUAAUUUUAAAAUACUUUUUAUGGUUUAUAAACGUCGGUAGCGUUUGAAUGUUAACGUACAUUUCAAAUCUUGCCGUGUUUCUUAUGCCAUUAUUUAUAGUAUUGUAAUUGUAAAUUGAAACGUUGACAUUGAUACUCAUAUUGACAUUAAUACAGCGAUUUUGCUAGAAAAGUUUGUGACAUUGAUACCGUUUGAGUGUAGGUGUUAUCUUAUCGAGAAAGUCCACGAUUUAUUGAAUAUUAAUCUCAAUUGCGUACGACUAAAGCAUAUAUAAUAUAUACAUACACAUAUAUUAUACGAAAGGAUGUAUUUUAAGAUUAAUAAUAUUAGACAAAAAGAAAUGGAUUUAUUGCAUGGAUAUUUUUAUUACAUAUAAUUUCACUGUUCAAAGAAUAAUUGCACCAUUUAAAUAUUAAGUUGAUGAGAGAGAGGCACUCUUGAAUUUAAUUUAUUUAUCACGUAGGAAAAUAAAUAGAUUCACAAUA